GAAGCUGCAUACCUACAUGUAAGAGAAGCAAAAAUGUCAGAUGAUAUCAGAAAAAGGUUUGAUUUUCCAAAUUCCCUUAUUCAAUCACAGGCUGCGGGUCAUCUUAUUGCUGCCGUCCUAAAAGAAAAUAGUUUUUCAGGAAAGAUCCACCAAUCCACAAACCAGACUCCUGCUUUGAACUUGCUGUGGGAGAAGUGUUGCAGCGAUAAUGUCGUGGUUCGCACAGCUUGCUGUGAGGGGCUGGUGGCACUUGUUGCUCAGGACCAUGCAGAGUUCAGCUAUGUUCUCAAUGGGAUACUCAACCUGAUUCCAUCGACCAGGAAUGCACAUGGUCUGAUAAAAGUCAUUAUAAAAUUAUUACAAAUGCAAGCUGUGAAGGAAGGACAAGGUGGGGAAAAGAACAUUCAGAAUAUAUAUACUAUUAGAAAUCAUCCUCAGCCUUUGAUCACUGUGCUUGAACAUAGGCCUGAUUGCUGGCCAGUACUUUUGCAGCAGCUGACAGCUUUUUUCCAGCAGUGCCCUGAAAGGUCAGAAGUUUCGUGUGUCCAAAUAAUGGCACCAUUUCUGUGCUAUCUUUAUUGUGAACCCUCUCAAUUACAAGAAUAUGCUCACCUUCGACUACCCCUGCUGAAAGUCCUACUUGAACCUCGGGUUGUCUGUGAUAAAGCACAGCCAUCAGUAUUGGAACAACAGAUACUUCAGCUGUGUUGUGACAUGAUUCCAUGUUUGCAGAUGAAAGACAUGAUACAGACAACAGAAGCAAUGCUGUUUAUCAAGGAAAUAUACUUAAGCCUUUCGCGUCAUCCUGUUUUCUGGAAAAUUCAGCUUUCCCAGCUGACACUUCAGCUGUUGUGUGUCUGUGAAGUCAGCUUAAAGAUAACCGGGGAAUGCUCAUCUUUAAUUCAGCUUUUAGAGCACAGUGUUGAACUUCUGAAGGAGGACUUUCCCGUUGAAUUGAUUAUCAUUGGAAUAGCUUUACUUCUUUUACAGACACCAGCAAGUCAGCAGAAACCAAUCUUAAAUCUAGCUUUGAAGCUCCUCUCUUUCACUGGGGGUCAGAAAAUCCCAAAGUCAUCUCUGGUGCUUGUGAUGCCACUUCUUCAGAUAUCAUCUUCUGCAGCCUUGGAAGACUGUAUGUCCUUGGAUGAAGAAGGUCCCUCUAGGCAGCAGUUGGCCCUAAACCUUUUGGAAGUGGUCCAGCAAGAGUGUCACAGGAAUGGCCACCAAAAACUCUCUUAUAGGCUUGCAUUCCCUGUAACCAGCAUUUAUGGCUCAAUAUUUACAGCCUGCAGGAUUCUUGAAGUAAUGAGAGAAGAGUCAGCAGCAAGUGAUUGGUUGGCUUCAGUGGAGUCCUUACUCCCUAUUACUACAGUUGUGCCCAUGCAUGUUUUUCUUCUGCUGGCUUACCUCCUUGUUGAAGAUCAAGGACCGAAUCUUCACCAGAUUUUGAAGGUCAUCACAGAAUUAGCUCAAGCAGAUUCCUCACAGGUACCAAAUCUGAUUCCAGUUUUAAUGUUCAAAUUAGGAAGACCACUGGAACCUGUAUUAUACAAUGAUAUACUGUAUACUUUACCUAUGCUUGGUGUUCACAAGGUGUGUAUUGGACAGAUUCUGCGAGUAAUCCAACUGCUUGGAACCACUCCUCAGCUGAGAGCUGUUACUUUGCGCCUGCUGACAGCUUUGUGGGAAAAGCAGGAUCGUGUGUACCCUGAGUUGCAGCGGUUCAUAGCCAUGUCUGACGUGCCUUCUCUCAGUGUGAGCAGAGAGCUCCAGUGGGAGAGGCUGAUUGCGAAAGCGGCGUCAGUCAGAGACGUGUGCAAGCACAGGCCCUAUCAGCAUGGUGCAGAUAUGCUGGCAGCUAUUUCUCAAGUGCUGAAUGAGUGUACCAAGCCUGAUCAAGCUACACCAGCCGCCUUGGUGUUGCAAGGUCUUCAUGCACUCUGCCAAGCUGAGGUUGUUUGCAUUCGUUCGACUUGGAACGCGCUCUCCCCAAAGCUGAGCUGUGACAGGAGGCCUCUGAUUUUGAAAACCCUGAGUGAGCUGUUUUCUCUGGUUCCUUCUUUAACUGUCAAUACAGCAGAGUAUGAGAAUUUUAAAGUUCAGGUGCUCAGCUUCCUCUGGACUCAUACUCAAGACAAGGACCCACUUGUAGCAAAUGCUGCAUAUAAAUCUCUGUCCCACUUUAGUGCAGGAGAACACACCAUCUUUCAUCUACCUGAAAAGAUAAGACCAGAAGUCCCUAUUCCCGAUGAGUUAGAUGAAGAUGAAGAUGAGGAGGAUGUGGAUCUUUCAGUUCCUGGCUCUUGUUAUCUCAAACUGUUGUCACUCACUGCUCCCUUGGUUUUACCAGCUUUGGAAGAAUUUUUUACAUCACUCGUGAAGCAAGAAAUGAUGAAUAUGCCCCGGGGGAUAUAUCAUUCUGCCUUAAAAGGAGGUAUUCGCACAGACCAAGGAAAGACUGUAGCAGGAAUCCCCAAUUUUAUUUUGAAGAUGUAUGAAACAAAUAAGCAACCAGGAUUGAAACCUGGCCUUGCAGGGGGUAUGCUGUUUUGCUAUGAUGUUGCCACGUAUCAGAGUAAAGAUGGCAAACCACUACAUCGACUGAUGGCCAGUAGAGGGCGAAGUUUUAAGCAGAUGUCCCUUGCUCUUGUACAUGAGGUUCACACCCAGCCUUCGGAGUGGCACCGUGCACUUUUUCUCCCACAGGCCUGGCUUGCCUACAUGGAUAGGGCUUAUCAUGCUGUUUUACAGGGAAGAAUAGGAGAACUGGAGCUGCAGUUAAAACAUGGAAAAGAAGGACCUGAGGAGGUGCAGUAUAAAAAAGGUGCAGCCUGGCUCUGGGUUAGAGAUAUGUUGACUGAUGAGGUCACCAAGACUGCUGCAAAAGAAAGUCCAGUGGUGAAAGGCAAUGCACUAUUAGCCUUAAGCAGCCUUGCUGUUGUCGUAUGCAAACAUGAAGCCAGCCUUGCCUCAGAUUCUGACGGCACCCCGGAGGUUCAACCUAAUUUUCUUCCAAUGAAAGAGUGGGUUUCCAUGGUGCUUAAUACACUUCUGGUCAUUGUGGAUAGCCAUUACCAAGCUAAAGGACAGCUUUUUUCCUGCUUUUAUCAUAAAUCCUAUUCUGGGGAAAACACAAGUAGUGCUACAGCCCGUUCUGCUGCUGCUGUGGCUUUGUCUCUCCUUGUGCCAGUUUUCAUUAUCUCUUGCAAAGAGAAGGUUGAAGAAAUCCUGAACAUGCUGACUGCCAGGUUACCUGGGAAACCAAGUGCAGAUGAGUCCCAAGCCGUGCAAAUCCACAUGGGCCUUGCUUUGGGGAUGUUUCUCUCUCGCCUAUGUGAAGAGAAGCUCAGUGAUAUAUCUGGCCAGCAGAUGAACCUUCUUCUGAUGAAGUCUUUGGAUACCCUGGAAGAUUGCUGCUUUGACACUAGUCUUGAAUACAACACAGGCUGUAUUCUGGGAGUUGGACUCAUUCUGUCUCUCAUGAGCCACAGCAGCCAAACAGAGUCGCGGGUGCACGUGGCGGCAUCACUGCGGAGACUGUCUGCAUACCUGGAUGACAGUGGGAGCCAGAGCAGGACCUUUCAGGAGGUCCUUGCCUACACCCUUAGCUGUGUAUGUACAUCUGCAUUCAGUGCUGGCAUUAUUGAGGCUGCAGAGGCUGAAGAUACUAUGAACAAGCUUCGACUGUUGGUGGAGAACAACCAGCAGACUUCAGGUUUUGCCCUGGCAUUAGGAAACAUAGUUCAUGGUUUGUCUGUAUGUGGACAUGGGAAAGCUGAAGACUUGGGUAGCAGACUUCUCCCUGGCUGGAUCAGAGCUGUUCUUUCAGAGGGCUCUCCUACAGUGCUUCGUCUGGCAGCUCUCCAUGGCAUGGUGGCCAUGGCUGGCUCUGAAGGGGAUGCCAUGCAGCUGAAGUCAGAAGCUAUGCAGUCUUCUCACUUUCAAGGCAGACUUAAUGAAGUCAUUAGAACCUUAACUCAGGUCAUCAGUGUCUCUGGGGUGAUUGGUCUUCAGACAAAUGCAAUCUGGCUUCUAGGACAUCUUCAUCUGUCUACUCUAUCCUCAAAUCAAAGCAGAACCUCUGUUCCUACUGAUUAUGGCUAUUUGCCUGAGAGCAGUUUUAUUAGAGCAGCCAUUGGCUUCUUCAUUACAGGAGGAAAAAAAGGUCCUGAAGCCGUGCCUCCUUCGCUUCUCAAAAUAGUGAUGAAACCCAUAGCAACUGUUGGAGAAAGCUACCAGUAUCCUCCUACAAACUGGGCUGCACUCCUCUCACCACUUAUGAGGCUAAACUUUGGUGAAGAGAUACAGCAGCUAUGCCUUGAAAUCAUGGUGACACAGGCGCAGUCAUCUCAGAGCGCAGCAGCAUUGCUGGGCUUGUGGGUGAUGCCUCCACUCGUCUACAGUCUGAGCUUGAAUAUCAAGAAAUACCUCCUGGUAUCUGUGCCUGUCUGGAUAAAACAUGUUACUGAUGAACAGAUCCAGAGUUUUGUUGAAAACUUAAUGGUGGCAGUUUUUACAGCAGAUUCCCCACUAUACAGUCCUGAGUUAUGCCCAAGUGCCUUACAGGGUCUGAGCCAGGCCAUGAAACUGCCCAGCCCUGCCUACCACCUCUGGAGUCUGCUCUGUGAAGCUACUGGGAAGAUUUUUGACCUGCUGCCAAAUAAGAUUCGGAGAAGUUGUUUAGAGCUGUAUAUCUUUGUGGCAAAAUGCCUCUCAGAAAUGACAGAUGAUGAUGCCAACAGAGUUUCCCAGAUUACUAAGAGCAAUGUGGAAAAGGCUGCCUUGGUCAAGCUGUACUUAGUCUCCCAAGGACGAGUCCCCCUCAUGAGCCUGACUGACUUGCUCAGUGUCGCCGUGCAGCACAGUGAGAGGGAGACCCUGGCCUGGAUGGUUAUGCUCAGUCUGUACCAAGCACGGGUCGUGAGCCACGCAAACACAGGUGUGCUGAAGAGAAUGGAGUGGCUACUGGAACUGAUGGGUUAUAUCAGAAAUGUUGCUUACCAGUCAAUAUCUGUUCAGAAUGCAGUGCUUCAAGAGGCUUUGGACUUCUUAUUGCUGAUAUUUGCUGCCGCAGUGGUGGCAUGGGCAGACCAUGAGGCUCCACUUCUCCUUGGCCUCAGUGCCAGUUGGUUACCAUGGCAUCAGAAUGGCCCAUGUGAGUCAGCAUCAAGCUUCCUUGGCAAGAGUGCAGUCCCCAGGGUCACUCUGCAAGAGGCUAUUACUCUUCUUCCCAGUAGCAUGCUGCUGCUGCUGCAGAAAGAACCCUGGAAGGAACAGACCCAGAAGUUCAUUGAUUGGCUGUUCAACAUCAUGGAAAGUCCUAAAGAAGCUCUCUCAGCCAAGUCCAAGGAUCUUUUAAAAGCCACCCUGUUGUCCUUGAGAACUCUCCCUGAGUUUAAGAAGAAGGCCGUGUGGACCAGAGCAUAUGGCUGGUGAACAGCUGUGUGGUAACCAGCAGUGUUCUCAGCUGAAUGAGGCAAAUCACGGAAAUGGAAGCCCUUCUUCAGAAUUCCUGUCCGGGACUGUUGAGGUAUUGAUCCUGCAUGAAGGGUCAUGAAAAGAUGGCUGUAUUCCUGACAGCACGGCUGUCAGGAAAACGGUACAUUUCUUUGGUAACCUGGCAGUUGAGACUGAAACAGCAACGUGAGUUCUCUUUUUUUUUUUUUUUUUUUUUUUUGCCAGAGUUCAACAUGAAGAUGUUCUUUGCAAAAACUUGACUAUAUCUUCUUCUCUCACUUAAAUUCUAGUAAAAUCUUGUGAAUUUUGUGCAUAUGA